GUGGUGCAUUCACUUCCUACUGAUUCGCUCCACCGCAGAUGGUAGACUCUGCCGUAUCAUGUCGUCUUAGUUAGGCUCCACAACUAUCUACCACAUUAAACAUGUUAUUUCAGUGUAAAUCUAAUCGUUGCUCGCCUCUGAAGCUGGUUCUUUGGUUUGUGGCGUAUCUGGGUUGUUUGUCGGUUCGGUCCGGAGCGAAGGCGGACAGCAGCCCGUGGUACCAGGACCUCUGCAGUUAUAAAUGGGAGGCCAUAGACCAGGAUAAUAAAGUGAGCUACACGCUAAAGCUCUGUGAGUCUUCACCACCAACCAGCUGUGGCCCCGCCACCGCUGUCUGCGCCCGGAACCUCGCCAGCAAAGCAGACCAGUCUGUCGGUGAGCUGUCCCUGCACAGGCUCUCUGGCAAGGUGCUGGAUUACAACAGCACAGAAAAAUGUCCGGGAAGCGACAACAACAUUCAGACCAGCAUCAGCUUCCAGUGUGGGAAAACCAUGGGGACCCCAGAGUUUGUCGCCGUGUCUCAGUGUGUGCAUUACUUUGAGUGGAGGACCUUCGCUGCCUGCAAGAAAAAUAAAUUCAAACCACACAAAGAGGUACCCUGCUAUGUGUUUGACUCGGACGGUAAGAAGCACGACCUCAACCCUCUGAUCAAAGUGAACGAUGGCUAUCUGGUGGACGACGGUGACGACACCAUCGCUUUCUACAUCAACAUCUGCCGGAAUCUCAACCAACCAAACACAUCGUGUCCAGUGGACUCUGCAGCCUGCCUGGUCACCAGUCAGGGCUCCUACAACAUGGGCUCUCCUACCAGACAGCUGGAGCUGCUGUCCAACGACAGACUGAGGUUACAGUAUGAAGGUUCGUCUCCUCCAGGCAUCUGUAAUGGACACGAUCCUGCCGUCACCAUCACUUUCAUCUGUCCAUCGAGCAGGCAUUCAGGCAGCCUUCCUAAAAUGACAGCAGAGUCGAACUGUCGUUACGAGGUGGAGUGGGUGACUGAAUACGCAUGUCACAGAGACUAUCUGGAGAGCCAUAACUGCAAACUGACCAGCGAACAGCACGACAUCUCCAUCGACCUAACGCCUCUCACAUUGAGCUCUACAGACCAUCCGUACUAUGCACACUCUGGGUCCAGUGACGGGGAUGACAGCUACACCUACUACCUGAACGUGUGUGGAAAGAUCACUACGGAUGAAUGUGGCCAAGAGCCGUUUGUAUCGUCCUGCCAGGUGAAGAAGACUGGAGACGCGAAGAAGGUGGCUGGAAAAUUUCAGAACCAGACACUACGUUAUUCAGACGGGGAUCUGACUCUAAUCUACCCAGAUGGCACCAGAUGCUCUACCGGCUUCCAGAGAAUGACCAUCAUCAACUUUGAAUGCAACAAGAAUGCAUCUAACAGUGGGCAUGGGACUCCAGUUUUUGCGGGGGAGACAGACUGCACUUACUACUUUGACUGGGAGACGGCAUUCGCCUGCGUCAAGGAGAAGGAGGAUCUACUGUGUCGAGUCAGAGAUAACCACAAACAUUACGACCUUUCACCCCUCACAAGAUACCCCGGGUCAGAUGUCGGUGGGAACUGGGAGGUGGUGGAUGCUAAAGCUCCAAAGCCGGACUCCCGUUUUUACUUAAAUGUCUGUCACAAAGUCCUCCAGACAGGAGCUGCUGCCGGCUGCCCACUGAAUGCCUCCAUCUGUGCCGUGGACAAGGAUCAUGGGCCCAUCAGUCUGGGCAGCUUCCUGUCAUCUCCCCAGAGGACUAAAAUAGGAAAUGACAUCAGACUGGUGUAUACUGAUGGAAGUUUUUGCAUCAAUAAAAAGACGAGGAUCCAAACUAUCCUGACCCUCAAGUGCAAACCAGGAGAUCUGGAGAGUGCUCCUGUCCUUCGUAGCGUUUCGUCUGACGGGUGUGUUUACGAGUUGGAGUGGUACACAGCUGCCGCCUGCGUCCUCUCGAAGAUUGAGGGAGACGACUGCAAGGUGGAGGAUCCUCAGGCUGGGUUCUCUUUCGACUUGUCGCCUCUCUCCAAAGCCGAAGGUGGCUUCUACAAUCUGACCAGCGACCACUAUAACUACUACAUCAACGUCUGUGGUACCGUCAAAAUUGGCAGCUGUCCUAAAGAGUCCGGAGCAUGCCAGGUGGAAAAGAGUUCGUGGAAUCUUGGGAAAGCAAACUCCCGUCUGUCGUACUACGACGGCCUGAUCCAGCUGACCUACAGCAACGGCUCCAAGUACAACAACAAAGAACAUACUCACAGAUCCACACUCAUCUCCUUCCUGUGUGACCCAGAAGCUGGAGCCGGAAAACCCGAAUUCCAGGUCGAGGACAAUUACACUUACAACUUCCGCUGGUAUACAUCCUACGCAUGUCCCGAACGGCCUCAUGAGUGUUUGGUGACAGAUCCCGACACUCUUGAGCAGUACGACUUAUCCAGCUUGUCACGCUCCACCUCCGGUAGCAACUGGCAGGCCAUGGAUUUGUCUGAGACCUUGAACCUGAAGAAGUACUACAUCAACAUAUGUAGGCCUGUCAACGCUGUACCAGGCUGCGACCGCCAUGCGUCCAUCUGCCAGAUGAAGUACAUAUCUGAGCAGGGCUCUCCAAAGGAGGUUGUAUCAGUCAGCAACAUGGGUAUUUCCAAGCGAGGGCCGAUCAUUGAGGAGCGAGGCCGCCUGCUGCUGGAGUUCACAGACGGCUCUGUCUGCAUAUCAGACGGCCAGAAGCUCACAUACACAACACGCAUCCACCUGGUCUGCUCCAAAGGAACUUUGUCAAUGGGGCCGCGGUUCCUGAUAUACCAGAACUGUACUGCCAACUUCAUGUGGGAGACAAGGGCAGCCUGUGCCAUCAAAACCACAGAGAAUGACAAUAGCUGCUCUGUGGUGGACCCCAACACUGGCUUUGAGUUCAACCUUCAGCUUUUGGCUUCUAAGACUGGGUACAAGACAAAUGCGAAUGGCAAGGACUUCCUGGUGAACAUCUGCUCAGACGUGGCGGAAUGUGGUCAGGGCAUGGCUGGCUGUGAGCUGGAAGAAGGGCAUCCCUCCAGCCCAGUGGGGGUGGAGAAGACCCUCCAGUACUCCACCGAUGGACUUCUCACACUAACGUAUAAGGGAACCCUGGAUGAGCCCACAGCAACUCGGGACACCUUCACCAUUAAUUUUGUGUGUGAUCCAAACUCUCACCCUGGCUCAUUAAAACUGCUUCGUGAGGACUUGAGUUCUUUACCUCAGCACGUGGUCCACAACGUCUUCUUUGAGUUCUCCACUGCUCUGGCCUGCAUGCCUGCUCCAGUUGACUGCCAGAUCAUUGAUUCCCAUGGUAAUGAGUACGACCUGAGUCACCUGAUCCGGGAUGGAGAGGACAGCCCCUGGAUCGCCGUAGAUACAGAUGCUGUCAAAUCACGCAGCUUUUACAUCAAUGUCUGCGAACCUCUUCCUCCUCUGAACAACUGUCCAGUGGGUCCUUUGGGUGCUUGUGGUGUGAUUGAUGGGAAGAGUUACAACCUGGGUUACAUCCAGUCCAGACCGCAGGUGGCAGAGGAUGGCUCCAUCAGCAUCGUGUACCAGAACGGAGACCAGUGUGGUUCCGAAUCGCGCUACUCAACGCGCAUCAUCUUGCAGUGUGAUGACAACCCAGGCUCCCCCAUGUUUGACCGUAAAGAUGGUUGUGAAUAUGUCUUUAUCUGGAGGACAUCUGAGGCCUGCCCCAUCAGGAAGUCUCAAGGUGAUAACUGCCGUGUUCGUGACCCCAAGAGUGGCUUUGAGUUUAACCUGAGCUCUCUGAAGGGUCAAGAUUACCCCGUCCACAGUGAUGCCUAUAUCUACCACCUGUCGGUGUGCGGGGGACUCAAGAGAGGCAUCUGCACCCACAAAGACACAGGCAAUGCAUCUGUCUCUUCCUGCCAGGUGAAGGGAGAAACCCACAAGAUUGCAGGAAUGGCAAGCCAGGUUCUGAGUUACGUGGGAGACCAGCUCAUCCUGAACUACACUAAUGGAGAGGUCUGUCACAAGAUAUACAAUAGAUCCACCGAGAUCUACUUCUCCUGCCACCCUGACAGGGAUCCUGGAACGCCAGAGUUCAUCAAGGAGACUCCAGACUGUACCUACCUGUUCAGAUGGCCCACUGCUCUGGCCUGCAUCCCAGUCAAAACCAGCAGCUGCUCCUACAAUGAUGACCAGGGCCACUCGUACGACCUCUCCCCUCUGGCUAUGAACUCUCGAAACUGGGAGGUGGAGCACUAUACGGGGGACACGAAGACACGUUUUUACAUCAACGUCUGCAGGUCACUGGUGCAGCAGGGAGGUUCAUGGAAGUGUCCCUCCAGUGCGGCGUCCUGUGUGAAGGUUGGAGAUGACUAUGUGAGUCUGGGGCAGGUGGAGUCUGGUCCUACAUGGGACAGACAUGUUCUGAAGCUGCAGUACACCAGCGGCCAGGCGUGUCCCGAUGGAAGCCGCAACAGGAGCAGCAUCAUCCGCUUCAAGUGUGACAAAGACAAAGUGGACUCCCGGCCUACUCUGAUCUCAGCCAUUGAGGACUGUGUGUACAACUUCCUCUGGUUAACAGCUGCUGCCUGCCCUCUAAACAGCACCCAACACAACAACUGCAUGGUCACCAACCCUGCUACAGGUCAUUUGUUUGAUCUCAACACCCUGACAAAGGAAGGAGGUUACACUGUGUACGAUCAUGAGGAACACAGGAAGAUGUUCCGCAUGAACAUCUGUGGAAGCGUUCCCAAUGCUGGAUGCAGCCCUGAAACCGCUGUGUGUAUUAAGAAUGCCACGACUGCGGUGAACGGCGGGCAGGUGAGCAGCAAACUCUCAUACAAGGAUCACGUUCUGGAGCUGACGUACGAAGGAGGAAGUUCCUGCCCAGCAAACCCCGACCUUAAACACAACACCAUCAUCAACUUCAUCUGCAGGCCACCUGACAUGGGCUCGGCCCCUUCAGAGCCUGUUCUCAUCGACACCGACGAUAACACUUGCACACACUUCUUCUCUUUCCACACACACCUGGUCUGCGAACAGCCAGUAAAGUGUUCAGUCCAGAACGGCUCUGCUCUUAUUGACUUGACUCCUCUGAUUCAUGUCAGUGGAUACUACACAGCAACAGACGAGACAGUGGACCUAAGUGACGGAUCUCCAGACUUCUACAUCAACAUCUGUCAGCCUCUAAACCCCAUCCCCGGGGUCACCUGCCCCGCUGGAGCUGCCGUCUGUAUAGAUCCUGAUAAUGGACCUCCUGUGGAUAUUGGGCGAACUACCAGCGGCCCUGAGAUCAAUAAUGCAACAGGGGAAGUGUCCAUCACUUACAGCAGCUCCACCAAGUGUGCGGCAGAUCCCGCACAGAACUACACUUCGACCAUCAUCUUUACCUGCCAGAGAGGCCUGGAGCUGGGCUCUCCACAAAUGCUGAAGCUGCAGGAAUGUGUCUAUUUGUUUGAGUGGGCGACCCCUAUAGUCUGUUCAGAUGCCACCCACACAAACACCAGCGGUUGCCAGCUCACAGACUCCCAGCUCCAGUACACCUUUGACCUGUCCACCCUCUCUGGUGACGUCCAGGUACUGACGGGCUCCAGCAUCUACCACAUCAACGUCUGCGGCUCAGUGGCAGAGCCGGCCUGUAAAAAGAGCACGGUUUGCCGGGUGUCUGGUUCUGGUUCAGACAAGUCAGCCUCAUCAUUUGGCAUCAGCAAGGCCAUGACGAUGGACUUCAAACAUGACGAGCAGGCCGUACUGAUGCAGUACGGUGGAGGAGAUGCAUGUCCACCAGUGACCAAUGAGGGUGAAGUGUGCGUGUUCCCCUUCACUCUCAUGAAGAAGUCGUACACAGAGUGCACCAAAGAGGGAAGGACAGACGGCAAAAUUUGGUGUGCGACCACUGCCAACUAUGACACGGACAAGAAGUGGGGAUUCUGCAAUGCAGUUUCUGGUAAGCGUCAGUCCUCCAUAUUGUUUACCUGCGACCAGUCUGCAGGCCACGGCUUGCCACAGCUGCUCUCGGAGACGGAGGGUUGUUCAGCCACUUUUCAGUGGCGCACCAGUGCUGUUUGUCCACCGGUGAAGAUGGAGUGUAAGCUGGUCAGCCAGCAUCAGACCUUCGACCUCCGAACCCUGUCCUCCCUCACUGAGCCGUGGAAGUUUAGCCACCGAGGAGAUUCGUAUUAUAUCAACCUGUGUCAGGGUAUCCACGGUGGGUUGCCAGGUUGUCCAGAAGGAGCAACCGUAUGCCGACGCUCAGCAGCAGGAGUGACCCAGACCCUGGGCCGAGUUUAUACUCAGAAAAUGAGCUACACUGAUGGAAAGAUCUCUGUCAGUUACUCAGCGGGGGAAGAUGUCUGUGGUAACGGCGUGAAGGCCAAGACUGUGAUCCAGCUGAGCUGUGGCUCCACCGUUGGACAUCCAGCACUCAUCCGUGUUGAUGAGCCUUCAUGCGAGUUUGUGAUUGGCUGGGAGACUCGCUCGGCGUGUGCGGUAAAGCAGCGUGAGGUGGUGAUGGUGAAUGGGACGAUACAGAUUCCUGACACUGGAGCCAGCCUCAGUCUGGGAGCGCUCUACUUCAGCCAGCAUCAGGCGUCCGGAGACAUCCGUCCAAACGGUGACCGCUACAUUUACCACAUUCAGUUGUCCGGCAUCACCAACAACUCCCUGCCCACCUGUCUCGGUGCCAACAUCUGCCAGGUCAAACUCGACGCGUCAUACAGACGCAGGAUUGGCUCCUCCAGCAUGGCCAAGUACUACAUUAAAGGAGGAAACCUAGAUGUGAUGGUGCCCUCUGAGUCGAAGUGUGGGCGAGAGAAAACCAAAAUGGUGUCAUCCACCAUCAUGUUCCACUGUAACCCCUCGGCAGGCGUCGGCAUCCCCGAGUUUAUGCUGGAGACGGAUGAAUGCCAGUAUCUGUUUGUGUGGCACACCGACGCUGUGUGUGGUCUCACAACUGUUAACACACAGACAGAUGACGGCGACAGCGGCGAGCCGCCAGGCAGGCAAAGCAAGGCGGCGGGGGUGAUGCUGAGCCUCCUGUUGGUGGGUCUGUGUGUCUGUCUGCUGGGGCUUUUGCUCCACAAGAGAGAGAGGAGAGAGCUGGUGAUCCAGAAGGUUGCUGGCUGCUGCAGGAGAGGAAACCAAGUCUCCUAUAAAUAUUCAAAGGUCAACAUGGACGAAGAAGGGGGUGAAGAAGAGAUGGAGUGGCUGAUGGAGGAGCUCGAAGCCCCUCCCACGUCCUCCUCCUCAUCUACCCACCGAGGGAAGAGUAACCACGGCAACGGUCACAUCAAGACCAAGCCGGUGAACACGGACGGUCUGCGUUCGUUCUCGCUGGACGAGCAGGACGAGGAUGACGACAGCGAGGACGAGGUUCUGAGCGUCCCGGGGGUGCGAGUGGUCAAAUCCUCCUCCGGACUCUCCAGGCACUCUUCAGCCCAUCGCAGCCCCUUCCUUCAGGAGGAGAGUGAUGAGGACCUGGUCGGCCUCCUGGACGAGUCGGAGAGGAAGAGGAAGAGCAAGAGCAGCAAACCUCGCUCCUCAGGCCUUAAUCACGGUAACGACACGGCAGGCAAUAGGAAACGGGACGAGGAUGACAGUGACGAGGACCUCCUCAGGGUGUGAUGUCACUUCCUCCAUCCCUCUCCUCCCCACAACCAAUCUGAACUCUUCUCUCUCAGUGAAUGUCUCCAGAACAGCAACAAUGAAAUACAAACAACAUAGAAAGCAGAAAACCUUUCCUCUCUUAUGGGAUUUUUGUUUUGUUGGACUGCACCUUCACUCGGCCUCAGACUCUCUCCAGUCCACUGUCUACGGACUGUCGAUGUUGGCAAAUGGUUUCUUAUUUAUUGAUAGCUGAUUAUUUGUGUAAGUGUUCUGCAGGCCGUUUUGGACCUAUACCCUAUUUUCUUAAUUCUGAAAUGAAAUAGUAAGUUGCUUUACUAUAGUUACUUCAGUCUUAACCAUGAGUCUCUAAUAUAGACUCUAAAAAUUAACCCCAGAGGCUCAAUAAGCUUUCUCAACGUGUUGACUCUGCAAUGUCAGUGAAAAGAUGUCAAUUAAAUAUUUUUCCUUUCUUCUAGAGUUUUUUGAAAUUAAGUUGUGCCAUUGCUUUAGCACUUUAUUGUAGCGUUGAAUAACUGACAAUAAUGCUGUCGACACUGAAAAGAAAACUUGGGCUACAUUUGGAGUUGAUUUUUGGUUUAGAUUUUUGAUGUCCAGGACUGUAUUUCAUAACUGUGGUGAGACGUACAGUUAAGUAGCUCAAUAGUGAAACAAUUCGGCAGAUUUUGGGAUAAAAACAACAGCUAUCAAAGAAACGAGAAGGGGGGUAAAUGGGUUCAGUUCCCUGGACGGCGGCAGUGAAGGUGUCGUCUUGUGUUGUUUCAAAAAGGGAAUGAAGACACCCGUUUGUCUUUUCUUGCUGUUUACAGUUGCUAUAAUAGCAGAUGUUUCCUCUUUCUUUCCCCUCGAAAAGAAAGCGCAAUGCCUUCCUGAUGAUGAACUUACUUUGCAUUUUCAUCGAUGAAUCAUGUCCGAUGACAAAUUGAUUUUUUUUGUCUUGCUUUGAUCAGAGACAUUGUACAUAGAGGAUAAUGUUCAAUAAUAUGGACGUUUUGUUUGUUUGUUGUCUUCACCGGUGAAUUGCUCACACAUUUAUUUUUAUGAUUAUUUAAAUUGUUGUCUGAUCCGUCCGAGUCUCUGUUCUGUUUCGAAAAAUAGAGAUGGCCUUAAGUGUGAAUGGAUGGUCGACGAGGACAGAGGUUGAAAGUGAAACUUGAGAUGUUAGUUUAGGUUGUGUGUGUCCCGUCCCCCCCCCCGCCAAAGCCAUAUUUCUCCUACCACCGCUGGCACUAAUGUAUGGAAGUUGGGAAUUAUGUUUUCCGCUUGCACGCUCUCGUACAUUACAUUAAAGUCUCAGUUUUGGUAUUCAGGUCUGUGAUUGUGGAUGUUGCUGCAUAAAAAGUGAGAUUUUAACUGGGUAAAGCCAAGUUUUUGCAGUGCCGAAAUCAGCCAUUUUUAGCCAAAUGCAUGUGACGACAAGACAAAAGAAAGAAGUAAAGCAUUAAUGUAUCAAGAAUGCAGGCAGUUUACUUACAUUUUAGACAUUUUCUGCUUAAUAAUCAAACUAGUGGUUUUACAAAAGAUGUCGGUAAUGAUAGGAGAUGCAAGGUCAAGAUAUUUUGGUAUAGUACCGGUAAAUCAAACUGACUGCAGUGUUGCCACAUAAGAGUGAUGUGAGUAAGCCUACACAGUAUAAACGCAGAGUAUUUGUGUGCCGUCCCACUUGCAAGUUCUUCUCUUUGGUCCCAGACAAAGAAGUUGUUGUGAAGUUGUCUUUUAAGUUUACACAAUUAGGAAGCAGACUUGAUGAAUUUACAAACUCACAAAUAGCUAAUGAAAAUAUUCUUUAGUUGCAGACUAUCCAUCUACUUAUAUCCAUAAACAUGGAAUGGGACUUUCAGAAAAUGCACAACCCUGGGAGAACACCUAUUGAUUUUUUUUUAUUGAUUUGCAAUCAUAAACAUAGAGCGCUCACACAGACUAAAUAUGUAUUAGAUUAUGUCCAUUGGUUACAUUUUGUACACUACAAAGGGGAAUGACAGUAAAUUCACUUAGGGUUUUUUUCUGAGUAUUCAAUCCACCGAAACUAAAGUUAUUUAUUUAGUUUUUAAUUAAUUAUGAAUUGCUAUUGCUAAAAUAUCGUAUCGAUCAAUAAAGAAGGGUCACCAUUCAGGGUAUUUUUAAAGCUUUCUACACACGUUUUUGUAGGAUGCCACUUGUCCAAAAAAUGACAAAAGGAUAAAAAACAAUAUCUUGAAAUUGGAAACAGUAUUUUAUAUGGAUACAUUUGGGAUGCGCCAUAAUAUUUAACAAAUGGAGAACAUCAUCAUGCUCCUGUCCCUGUGCUGUGGGUGUUCAGUAACUUGUUUUACUGUGUUAUUAUCUCUGUGAUCACAAACUAAAAUGGAACUUUUCAGAAGCAAUUUUUUGGCUAAAAUUGUCAGACUCCAGAAAGGUCAAGAAGAACUAAAGCUUUGUUCACAUUAUCUUAUCAUGUAAUCUGUUAAUUUUUAAAGGUCUGUUGUAGUCAUAUCAUUAAACGACUCAUCUGAAAUUGUGUUUUACUCAAAGUGAAAUCUACCAUUGAGAGCAUAAACAACGAGGUGCAGGUUUCCAAAGAACAGUUCAAUUAGUGCAGUUACAAGUGAAAUGUCAACUAUCCAUAUUUAUUAUUACAUUAACCUUUAAAAGUCUAGCAAGAGUUGAAAUGAAAUCAAGCUUAUUGUUGGCUGACAUUAAUUUUAAAGAUUUAUUCAGCAUGUGGACCUCAGUGGUUUUUACUUGCUGACCCUGUUAGAAGGAGCUUUGAACUACAUCUACCUGUGUUUGGCACUUUGUAUUCAACUCAUGUCUCCAGAGGAGACGUCGUAGCACUCCUCAUUACAGAGAAGCAGAUGGUAUUGUUUAGUAUGUGAAGUCCUUUUUUUUGCCAUCGUUGCAUAAAGUCUGUUUCUGCUGUAUUUAGCAACCAAAGUUAGUGCGGCUCAUCUGCAUGGUACUGUACUGAACCUUCUCGUUCCUAUGGAGAUAUUAAUGGACAUUCUUGUGCUUUUUUUGUCUACGCACGAGCAGAGAACUGCUUUGGGUUACGUGAAACUAAUUCAAUUUAAUCCAGACAAACAAGCUUGGAGAAUGUAGUGACAAAGAAAGUACAAGAAAUUUUCUGUCAUGAUUCGGGACUGUGGGAGAUCAUUAUUAUGUUUUAGUUGGUGUACGUUAUAUUGUUUGAUAUGUUUUCUCAGCUUUUCUGCUUGUUUUCCUAUUUAAAGAAACAUUGAUGUAAAAAAUAUUGCAUUAUUUGAAUAAAUAAGAUCCGCUGUUUAA